UUACUGACAAGACUCACAGCUAAUCAAAUACCUAGAAAGUCCCCUGAUAUGCCUGCCAACCAAUGAAACUAGGGGGGCUGGGCUGUGAACUGGUCUGCACGGUAGGCAGGUCCAGCAGCAGAGCAGUGAGAAUGGAAUGGAUAUGCAGGAUGGCUAGACAUGAAUGAGAGGCGGAAGGAGAAAAACAAGCUCCAGACUAAAACUAUGAAAGAGGUUCCAUUGCCCAAAUGGCAACUGGGCAUUUACCUGCUCCUUUCGGUCGGUAUCCAUGCUUAUUCCUUUUACGAGGUCUACUUGGCUUCCAAAGAGCACGAAGAGGAACUAACUCAGGAGUUUGGUCUUGAAGCAGAUUCUUCGUUCUUUGGCCUAAAAAAGGAUGCCACUGACUUUGAAUGGAGCUUCUGGACCGAGUGGGCCCGUUGGCCUUUGCUUUAUUUAUCGGUCGGUCAUGUGCUGGUUUCACAGCUCUCCAGACGUUACUUUGAACAGAUUCGUCCUUGGUUCCUGAUGGCGUAUGGCAUGUUUGCCUGCUGGCUACUUCUGGGAUCCCAAGGCACGGCACUCAUAUUCCUGAACACCUGCGUAUCAUUUGUUGUAGCCCAGCUGAAAAUGCCAUCUUUAAUAUGGCUGAGUUCAGUAGUUAUGCUUUUAAUGUUGCACAUCGGAGCUGUGGAAGACGUCCAGCGUGGCUGGUACGUGACUGAAAAUGAAUAUUACCUACUGGUGUUCACUGUGACUGUGCGCUGCUUAUACUACACAAGCUUCGGCCUGGAAUGGUGCUCUGAACAGAAUCUAAAUCCAACCAACAACUACACCUUCCCCGCAAUGCUGGCUUAUGGAUUUUACUACCCGGUGUUUCACAAUGGCCCAGUUAUAACGUACAAUCAGUUUGCCAAACAGAUGCAAAGCCAACAAAUAAGGAAACCCAGCCCUUUCAUCUAUGUAUUACUAGACAUAGCCCGGUUGGUCCUCUGGUGGGGGCUGGCAGAGCUCAUGAUCCACCUAAUGUAUAUGCAUGCAAUCUACAGUAGUCAUUCCCUGUUGGAGAGAACAUCAUGCUGGGCCUUAGGUGGACUGGCCUUGAGUCAGGUGUUGUUCUUUUAUGUGAAAUAUCUGGUCCUAUACGGCCUCCCAGCCCUUAUUGCACGAUUGGAUGGACUAGAUCCUCCAGCUUUGCCUCGCUGUGUUAGCACUAUGUACAGCUUCACGGGAAUAUGGAGGAGUUUUGAUGUUGGACUCCAUUGUUUUCUUGUAAGAUACAUUUACAUCCCUCUGGGGGGAUCCCACCGUGGCCUGUAUGGCAUGGUCUUGUCCUCAGCCUUUACCUUUAUCUUUGUUUGUUGCUGGCAUGGAGCCCAUAAGUAUCUUUGGUACUGGGCAGCUCUCAACUGGAUCAGUCUCAUCACCGAGCAUGCUGGGAAAAAACUACUUGAUAUCCCGGCGAUUCAACGUGUGAUCGACCGCAGUUUGUCCCCAAGGAUGUAUCGGCAAAUCCACGCUGCUCUAGCAUCUGUCUCCACCGCGCUGCUCAUUCUGACCAACGUCAUAUUUCUAGGAGGAGAGCAAGUUGGAGCAAUCUACUGGAACCGACUGUUUGUACAAGGUUGGCCAUGGGUGCCGCUGACCGUUUUCGGUUGCCUAUAUUGCUUCUCCCAUGUCGGAAUAGAAUGGAAUCUGUUUUACUUCCCACACUACAAGGGCAGAUUCCCCGUCUGCUCAGUGACCAAAACUAUCAAAUGAUUCUGCUCAAGGUUAUUGGACUUUAAUAGAUUCUUCUGAGAAGAUGAUUAGAAAAGCUGACCUAUAUAUAUAACCUUAGUCAAGAGAUGUAAGUAUUCAUGGUAUGAUAUACGAGCAGAGGCAAAUACAUAAAUGCAUACACGUCAGUAUUAAUAGGAUUUCUCAUCUGAACAGUCAGUGGGUGUAUACAUAAGUGUGUAAGGGGCAACCAGUUAAUUAUGUUCAACUUAACCUCUCCUAUCUACCUUCCUUAAAGCAAUGUACUCUUGUCAGGUAGGAUAUCCUUGGGUCAUGGUCUGAAUAUAUAUAAUAAACACUUAUUGGAAGGUUUGGUUGGUAUAAAUCCAUUUCCAUACACCAUGUUCUUGGUUAUUCCAAAGCCGUGAGCUGGCCUUAAAGGAGAACUAAAAAAAAGUCUACAAAAAUUGUACACACUGAGGCUUAUUACUAAACAGUGGGAUAAUUUGCACCUGGGUAGAAAUCUAUGACAACCAAUCAAAUGUUUGGUUUCUUUGUUCUACCUGCAGCUGGAUGAAAAAUAUCAAAUCACUGAUUGGUUGCUAUGGAUUACUGCCCAGGUUCAGAUUUGCCCAGUGAUCAUAAAUGAGGCCCACUAUAUAUAAGGUUUCUGUACCAGCCAAAGGCAACCAUAACCAUAGCAGGGAAGGUGUGUAAAGCAUAUCUUGACAGCGCUAUAUAAAUAAAUGAUGAUGAUGAUGAUGAUGAUCUGUGCUUCUGAAGAUGUCCCAGAGACUCCCCAUUUUCUUUUCUGCUGAUUCCCAUCUAUAUACUCUGAGCUGCUGUCAUGUACCUAAACACAAGCUACAUUAUGUGGUUAUUUAUCAAAGAUCGAAUUUUAGAGUACGUUUUUUACUCUAAUAAACUUGAAAGUACUCACAA